AUGAGCAACACCGUCAGGCCGCCGGGGUCAAGCCACGACUCCGUGAAGCUGAUCAAGUUCGCGGACGACACCACCCUCAUUGGACUCAUCUCCAACAACGAUGAGUCCGCCUACAGGAGGGAGGUGGACCGGCUGGUGUCCUGGUGCAGUGGUAACAACCUGGAGCUGAACGCCCAGAAGACAGUGGAGAUGAUUGUGGACUUCAGGAAGAGCACUGUCCCCCCGCCCCCACCCUCCGUGAUGGACUCCCCCAUCACCUCUGUGGAGUCCUUCCGUUUCCUGGGCACCACCAUCACCCAGGACCUCAAGUGGGAGCCGACCAUCAGCUCCCUCAUCAAGAAGGCCCAGCAGAGGAUGUACUUCCUGCGGCAGCUCAGGAAAGCCAAGCUGCCUGCACAGAUGUUGGUGCAGUUCUACACGGCCAUCAUCGAGUCCAUCCUCACGUCCUCCGUCACCGUGUGGUUCGCUGGAGCCACAGUCAGGGACAAACAGAGACUACAGCGCAUUGUGCGCUCUGCAGAGGAAGUGAUCGGCCGCAGCCUUCCAUCGCUGCAGGACCUGUGUCACGGCCGAAGCUGCAGCAUUGCUAAGUGGUAUAAACCCGCCGCAGGCCUGUUUGACAUUUUCCACCAAGACAGCCCCUCCGGGUGGAGUUAG